AUGUCGCAGGAUACAAUUGUUUCAUUUGAUGAAAACAUACUUCAAUUACCUUCAUGUUUAGCAAUUCAUACUCAACUUCGUCCUAGUUUAAAUCGUUUCGAAUUAAAAGAUUAUGUUGAUCAUAUACAAAAAUUAUGUCAAACAAAUCAAUCGCAUAUAUGUGGAAUUAUAAGAAAAAAUCAAUCGGAAACAAUUGUUUUAGCAUUAGCAUUUUAUCGAAUACAUCCAACAACGUAUGAUACAAUACGUUUUGAAGUUCAUGAUUU